UCUUAUGUUGUUAAUAUAUUAUUGUUACACGUGGCAGCAAUAUUUUAGCAUAUUGCACUAAUGAAGUACCUACAACAAUUACUUUAACAGUGAUAUAUAAAUAAAUUGUAUUUUAACAAGGUUAUGUGAAAUCAUAGGAAUGAUCACGAUAAAGAAUAAUCAGCAAAAGAGUCGUGCAAACAAAUGGACUCUACAAAUUGUACUUAGCACGCUUUUAUUGCUUAUAAUUUUAAAUUUACCGACUCUUUGUCAAGCUCACGAUCAUGACGAAUCACCAAGUUUCAAGUAUUCUAAAGAAGCUAAUGAAGUAUAUUUGAAAAAACAACAUUCCAUAGACCAACAUAACAAAAUUAUAGGUCAACAUAAAUAUGAAAGUGAUAAUUAUGAUCAUCAACAUCAAUCAGUUUUAUCUGAUAAAACCUACAAUGAAGUGUUUUUUAGAGCUAUUGCAUCUACCUUAAUCAUAUCAGCAGCUCCUUUUUUUAUUUUAUUUUUUGUACCUUUAAAUAAUACUAAAGAAUGUGAACCACUGCUAAAAAUAUUAUUAAGUUUUGCAUCUGGUGGUUUAUUAGGAGAUGCAUUUUUACAUUUAAUUCCUCAUGCUUUAGUUCCUCAUGUACAUGAAUCUUUUGAAGAAGCAUAUUCGGAUAUGCUUUCUCAUAGUCAUGAGGAUAAAAAAUCAGACCAUAAACAUGAUAUGUCUGUUGGUUUAUGUGUAUUAUUGGGUAUCAUCAUGUUUUUAAUUGUUGAAAAAGCAGUGAGAAUUAUAAAAACUGAUCAUAGUCAUUUACAUGUACAUAAUGUCUCAGAAAACUUAUCAAAAGAAAACAAAAAUGAUAAUAAACUAGCAAAAAGCUCUGAUAAAUCUGAUGUAAUUUCUAAAGAGAAAAGUGAAAAAAAUCCUCAAAAUGAAAUAAAGAUUACUGGCUAUUUAAAUUUAGUUGCAGAUUUUUUGCAUAAUUUCACAGAUGGUCUUGCUAUUGGAGCAAGUUAUUUAGCUGGUAAAAAUAUCGGCUAUAUCACCACAUUUACAAUUUUGUUACAUGAAGUACCUCAUGAAAUAGGAGAUUUUGCAAUUUUAAUACAAAGUGGAUAUAAUAAAAGAAAAGCUAUGAUGUUACAACUUUCUACUGCUAUAGGUGCUUUGUUAGGUACUUAUGUAUCACUACUUGUAGAAGGCUUGGGUGAUCUUGCAACUAUGUGGAUUCUUCCAUUUACAGCUGGUGGAUUUAUUUAUAUAGCUACAGUAUCUGUAAUUCCAGAACUUUUAAUAGAUACUAAUUUUAAACAGUCUGUAAAAGAAACUAUUGCACUGCUUUUAGGUGUAUAUAUGAUGGUACUUAUUGCAGAAUACGAGUAA